GCUGUUGCAUCCAGCUCGAGAAGUGGUCGGUGUCCUGGCACUGAGGAAUGGUGCAUUUCCACAACAGUAACAGCCCAAAACCGUCCCUUGGUCUCGUCCUAAUAUGCUACAGAAGUACAAGAGUGUCAGAAACAAUUUCUAGUCUUCAAUACGCGAAACAAUGCAGAAAGCGCUGUCAGAAAAGAUAAAGUGAGUAGAAAACGCAUUGGGGCUAUUCUGUUUCGAGCCACCCCGCACCCCGGAUGCUGAGGUAAUCAGGCUAGCUCGGCCUCAUCGGCAGAGGAAGUGGCUGGCCGCUUAAUCUUGCAUGAUCAACCCAUCUCCGGAUUUCCUUUCUCCGUCUACUGCGUGACUAUCAAUGAGCCCGAGAUCGCAAGAUGCGGCUGCGCCGACCCCGGCCAAGAAGGUCCGUCUAGCGUGUCGGCGAUGCAGAGCUAAACGCAUCAAGUGCGAUGGCGGCAUUCCAGCGUGCUCGAACUGUGCCCGUGCUAAAGAAAGCUGUGUCGAUGUCGAUGGGCGCAACAAUGACAUUUCCAUCCCACGCGACUAUGCCGUGAGGUGUCAUGCACGGAUCGAAUGGCUCGAAGAGCAACUCUUGCUUAUAGAUCCAGACUUCGACCUCUCCAAGGCACCACCGAUAGAUCAAUCGGUGUUGCCAAAUACCGUCCCACGUAGAACGCCAUCGCUUACCCCGACGGGGAAUACCGCUGUGCACUUACCGUCGGCACCCGGGAAAUCAAAUACCAGGAAACGACCGUUUGAUUCCCUGCAUGCAUCAGACACGGCUGAAAAGGAGGCUGCUACCCCAUCGGCCGAAGCACGCUCUGUAGCCAUGGACUUGGGGAUGCUAUCACUCCACUCCGACUCGCGACAAAAAUACUAUCUGGGGUCCUCUUCCGGUCUGUUCUUCACGAAGUUGAUUGGGGCCGAUGGUCCUCUCUCACCAGCUACCUCCACCUCGUCGUACGGGACGUGGGGGAAUUCGAAACGCCGCACUGCCCCAAGUCCUUCGCCUGAGGCGUAUCGUUUGUUGUACAACAAACUUAGAAGGGACUUACCUUCGCCCGACGAAGCCAACCAUCUGAUUGGUAUAUACCUUCAAGAGCUCCAUGUCGAUCACCCUUUCCUCCACGCCACCUCUCUGUUCAACGCGUACAACGCACUCUGGUUCUGCUCGGAACGCGGGUACCAGGGCAAUGUGGACCUCAACGGGUGGCCCAAGGAGAUGGAGCCAUUUUCGUACAACGGGCGAUUCGACAAGGUGGCUGACGCCGACAUGACGCCCAUCUCCAUAUUCGCUGCCGCGCUCCACGUGUUCAUGGUGCUAUCCCUUGCGGCGACGAUCCUCACGCGGAACAAGAAUUUCGAGUACCCGCCCGCCCGGUUCUACGCGAUCGCCUCCACGGCCGCAGCCGAGUGUCUGAGCGGCAUUUCCGUGACGGCCCUGCAAAGCAUCCUCCUGUUCAUCGUGCAGGGGAUGGUGGGACCCACCAAUCUGAGCAUCUGGACCCUAGUGCAUAUUGCCAUGUCCCAUGCGAUCGAUCUCGGGCUGCAUCGGGAGCCGAAAAACGACGCGGACAAUUCGCCCACCGCCCUUGCUUUACGACGGCUGAUCUUCUACACCAUCUACAACCUCGACCGAUCCAUCUCCACAAUCCAGGGCCGACCGCUUGGCAUCCGCGAUGAGACCUUCGACAUCCGGCUGCCAGGUCUCAACGAAUUCGUCGUCGACGAAACCGCCAGCACCAACGUCAACAGCCACUCGGAGCUGCGCUUCUCGAUCCACCGCUUCAAGCUGGACGCACUGAUCUCGGAGAUCAAGCUCCUGCUCUACCACCUCCCCAACCGCAGCAACGCCCUUUCAUGGCCGACCGACACGGCCGGGGAACAAGCGCGCAUCAAGACGGGUCUCGACCAGUGGCUCGCAGACGUCCGGGCCACCCGCACCCCCUCUGAGGAGCUCACCACCACCACCACCCACCACGACGAAGACCACCGGAUCCACAUCUACAACCGCCUCGACUCCCAGGAGCACCUCUACUACACCUGGCGCAACAUCCACGGGAUCUUCGCCUCGGGCGCGACCAUCAUCUACUGCUUCUGGGCCUCCCCGGAGCUGCAGGCCGUCGUCCCCUUCAAAGAGGCCCUGCAGUGUCUGCGCGUGUGCUCCAACCUCCUCAGCAUCGGCGGCCAGUGGUGGCCCUCGGUGCGCCACGGCAAGGAGAACUUCGACCGCAUCGUCGACCUCACCGUCGAGCGGUUGAGUCAGAAGCACCACCACCACCAGCAGGUGCAGCAGCACCAGCUAAGUGCGACCGGGGCGAAUACGCUGCAAGACCCCACGACCAGCGCAGUCGACGACGGCCCGUUCCCGCCGGCUUACCCGCCGGUGCCGACCGACGGAGCCACCCCCAACAUGCAGCAGCAGCACGAACAAGAGGCAGUGGAGAACCUGCUCGGGUUAGCAUCGGUCGCGUGCGAUGCCGGGCUCGGUGGCGACCUGGAUUUGGAGAUGGCGACGCAGCACGAUCCCAUCAUGGAGAGCUUUUUCACCGAGUACCUGCAGGGCGACUGGAGCUGGGAUCCGUUUUCGACGGGGUUGGAACCGCUGCCCUGA